GGCUGGGGAAUCGAUAGACUGCCGUCGCGAUGGCUGCGCGAGUUUCCGACGUAAAUUUGAAACUACAAUUCGCUUGUAGUAGAUACUCAUAUUCUCGUCCAUUUUACGGGCCUGUCCGAUCUGUAGAGGGCAGAUAAUUUAAUUUUCCGGGUGGAAAAUCGGACAUUUUGUCUAAACUAUGGUUUAGUGCGUAUUUCGGAUAUUAAAGUGUGGAGCAAGAAUUCGCGAGUGCAAAAAUGAACGAGAAACGAUGGUUAUGAUCUGAGUGGAAUGAGACUGAGAUACGGGGGCCCAGGUGGCCCCCCGAGACUAGUGACUAUUGUGACAUUUUUCUUGUGUUUCUUCUCCAUUUCUAGCUUGAUUGGUUUGGCUGCUGCCGACAAGAGUAAAUCAUAUUCCAUGCAAACGCUUUGCAAAAAUCAUUUUCUCCAGCAACUUUACCGGAAAAUUGACGGUGCUGUAUUAUGGAGCCAGAAUGAAAGAAAUCUGGAUUGCGUCAUCACAUUCCAGACACAUUCAAUUUUGCAGAGAUUUAUGCUCCGAUUUGAUGGAUUGCAACUGGACUGCAAUGACCAUCUGUUUAUUUAUGAUGGGGCGCAUGCUGUGGGAACUUAUAAGUUUGAUUUAUCCUGCAAAAACACGAAACAAAAUUUGGGAGCGAUGUUCACCCGUACCAACUAUGUUACCUUGAAAUACGUCACCGACAAUUGGGGAACAGAAAGCAAUGGAUUCAAACUUGUCAUAACUGCAGUGAAAGAUCCAAAACAUGCCUGUACAGAGUUUCGCUGUAACUUAAGAGAAUUCUGUAUAUCGACGGAUUUGGUUUGCGACAAGAUUAACCAUUGUGCUGACGGGUCAGAUGAAUCGUCCAAUAACUUAUGCCAAAACAACGAUAGUGGUACCAUCCUAGGCCUCGAAGUAACUUGGUUUGUGGUGGUCCUAAUUAGUUCCCUUCUAGUACUACUCGUGCUUAUCGUAGCUAUUUCGAUUUGUGUAUGUAGACGAGGAAGCUGGAACAACAGCCAUGGAAAUUCUGUACAGCAACAAAAUGCAUCUUAUUCUUUAGCGCACAUGUACGGGUCGAAUGGCCACAUGGCAAUAAAGCCAGGAGUCGGCAGCACCACAACGCUGACCGAUGGAGGCUUACUCCAUGCGACGCCGACUUCGGGAAACUCGCGCCGCCCUGCGGGCCCGCCCGGGUUCCGCAUGCCGCCGGCCCGGGGCCGCCCCUACUGCCCGGCAGGGUAACCGCGACGCCCGUGGUCGCCCCUCAGAAUGGUGGGAGCGACGCGCCGUCUGCGCAGCAGAAAGACGAGUGGUUCGUCUAGC